CUCAGAGGCUAGAGGGAAGGAGAAGGGAUAAGGAGCGGGAGCUGAGAGGAGGGAGAGGCCGGUUUGGGUCUUGCCGCUGCCGCUGUUCGCCCGAGGUCUUCAGGCCGGGCUGCGGCUCCGUCCUCAGUUCCUGGGCACCGUCUGCGAGGCUCCGCCAGGCCAGUGUGAGAGAGCCGCAGGCGGCGGCCGCCGCAUCAUGUCAGCCAAGGACGAGCGUGCCAUGGAGAUCCUGAGGGGCUUCAAACUAAAUUGGAUGAACCUUCGGGAUGCUGAGACAGGGAAGAUACUUUGGCAAGGAACAGAAGACCUGUCAGUCCCUGGCGUGGAGCACGAAGCCCGUGUUCCCAAGAAAAUCCUCAAAUGCAAGGCAGUGUCUCGAGAACUGAACUUCUCUUCAGCAGAGCAAAUGGAAAAAUUCCGCCUGGAACAAAAAGUCUACUUCAAAGGGCAAUGUCUGGAAGAAUGGUUCUUCGAGUUUGGCUUUGUGAUCCCUAACUCAACAAACACCUGGCAGUCCCUGAUAGAGGCCGCGCCCGAGUCCCAGAUGAUGCCAGCCAGCGUGCUAACUGGAAAUGUUAUCAUAGAGACAAAGUUUUUUGAUGAUGAUCUUCUCGUAAGCACAUCCAGAGUGAGGCUUUUCUACGUUUGAGAGAAGAAUGUGUGUGCAUUUCAAGAAUUCAUUUUUUUAGGGGGAUGGAGGAAACUGUUUACUUUUUUCCUCUACACCUUUGAUUUUUGGCACUUUCACCCCUGAUUCCUUCUACGGCAAAACCCACCUGCGGCCACCAGGGGACCAGCUCUGUGUAGGUAACCAGAUGGCUUUUUUCUCUCAAGCCACCAUCUUCCGUUGACCAGAGUAUAAAUUCCCAGUCCCAGACCAGGGCAGAGGGCAUGCCUCGACUCCUUCCUGGAGUAGCCCCAGGGACAGACACACACCACGACCUGUUCCCAUCACCCUUCCUGCCUCCUCCUUGGGCCCUGCAGGCAACACAUCUUCUUUUGGCCCCUGGUUUUGGAAAACUUCAUGUUCCUGACCUGCAUUUAGUUUUUUCCUACCGUUUCUAUUUCAUACAUUCUCAUACAUUUAACUUGUAAAAUAGACGAUAUUAUUAUUAUUACAUAAUUAAUUAAAACAUGUUAAUUAAAAUA